AGGAGCGGGCAGGGCCGCCCCGGGCAGGGCAGGCGGGAGGCGGCGGGGCCGGGAGGGCGGUGCCGGCGGCGCCGGGAGCUGCUGCGGGCGGGACGGAGCUCGGCGCUCCCUCAGGAAGUUAUUUUAGAAGGAGAGGAUACAUCUGAGAAACAAGAUGUCUCAUGCCGGGAGUCGAUACCAAGAUAAGCAAUACUGGCACCAAGAGAACCAUAGAUCUGAUAGAUACAAGGAAGACAGAAGAGCAAGAAAACCAUACCCAUACAAUGCAAGAGACAUCCGAGGUGGCCAGCACCCAAGGACUUCUACUGUUUGUUCAGACCCUUACUCUAAAACCUCAGGAGCAGCACAAGAAUAUUUUGGCCCACCACCUGAGUUUUAUCCUCCCAAGGAGAGCUUCUCAAUGAAGUGUUCAAAGGUAUGCACAACAAGAGGCAUUUUGAAGUUCGUGGAAAUCACGGUUAACCUCCUGGUGCUGAUUUGCGUGGGCGCUUCCCAAGCCUCCGUUGCGGGCUUCACGUCCCUUGGAGGUUUGGGAUCCUUUAACCUGAAUUCGGCCUACAGCCCCUUCGAGGGCACGGAGCUGCGGGAGGUGAGGGAGCUGGACAUGCAGUUCACCCAGAUGAGAGCCCCUUGUGUGUAUGGCGGAGUGGCCUUCAGCUUAACAGCGGCCACGCUCACCCUCGUCUUCCUCGUCGUGGGGGCAAAACCCAUCCAGCAGCUCCGGACAAGGCUGCUGGUAGGCGAAUGUGCCUUCAGCCUGCUGGCUGGCCUGGCGUACCUGGUGGCCGUGGGGCUCUACCUGCACUUUGUCAGGCAGGUGAACGCCACCGAGGUGUGCAGGAGGCGCGAGCGGCUCUACGCCCGCCGUGGCUACACCUCCAUGAACUGCGCCGUCCAGGGCGGCGACGCGGCCGUCGGCCUCUUUGGGGUCAUCGCUUCCUGCCUGUACUUCGCCAGCUUUGUGGUCUGCAUCCUUGCCAUCCGCACCGUCCGGGCCUUCCAGAGCCACACGGCCAAGGCUCAGCACAGCCCCAAGGGCAGCGUUAGAGACAGAAGUGUCAGAAAACACCACACCAUGCGCAGGACCUCUGAAAGCUCCCACAGCGUCCAGGCUCUCGCCACAUUAGUGUGAAAUCAGCUCUGGGACUGUGCCAGAGAACUGAGGCUUCAGCAAAGGAUGGACGCUCGCAAACAGGCAGCCAGCCCACAGUAUAUUUUCCUACAGGGUGCUGAAGCGUGUAUUGAAUCACCAACUAUAACCACGCUGCUACAACAUGACGUAAUAAAAUCGACAUUGAGUGACUGUUUUAACAAGGAUUUUUGCACCGGUCUCUCAGGCUGGACCCCUGCAUUUAAAAUGCAUUUGAUUAUAAUGUUUUCAUCCUGCACAGAGCAAAUCCAAACAGCAGUGGCCUUCUAACAGGUUACAGCUGCGUUGCUGCCGAACUUGUGCUAACAAGCACUUCUUUUCCACACCCGUGACAUAGGGAAUUGAAUACGCAGCUAGGAUGGGCAGCUUUCAACAGAUCCUGUGCCUGUUGUGCAUCCUGUUCCUUCAUCCUACAGUGCUUACAAAGCAAAGGACACCCGAGCACUUCUCUGAAUCGUGUCCGAAGUUACGCUUGUGACCUUUUUUGCCUGGGCUAGUGAAGCGUUUUAUCUUUUGAGUCACGGGGGCUGACACAUGCCGAUCAUGUGCUCCCUGAGGAAUGCCGCUGGGGGGAACUAGCUGCAGUGUCAAAGGCAGCAUUCAGGGUCCUCACCCAGUUCCCUACAACAUUUUCCCAUCUCACUGAGCACAGGUCAGAACCGGGGGGACAUCACACUAGUCAGGUAUCAGCUUAGUAAAGAUACCGUUUGUUUCUGCAAGCACCUAAACAAGGUUUGGCUUGCUGAGUCCACAGCCAGUGGUGGGCAGAGCCUGAAUCAGGAAUGUGCUGCCUGCCCCGGAAUGCUGUAACAAUGACAGAAAGUACAUGUAUCCUUCCAAUAUCUAAACAGGCAAAGCAUGAGUGAACAGCAGUAAUUGUAUGCCCCAGGGUUGAGAAAAUAAAUUUAAGAGAACAUCUUUCAAGAGUCCUUUGUUUGAGGCAGAUGAAAUAGAUCACUGGUCUUCAAAGAUGAGGGAGUGAGAAAAAGAAAAGGCUAUUCUUGAAGUGCAUAAGAUCUGUCAGCUUGAGAGGAGGGAAAGCUCUGGCCAUUUUCAUUCUUUUCAGUUUUGUCUGGCUCACAGUCAUUGCCCAGAUGAGGCAUUUUUGAACUAUACUACAGCUUAUGUACUGCAUAUUUCACAUAUACACAUAUGUACGCACACAUACACACAGAGAUCUCAAAGGAUUGUGUUUGAGGCCAAACAAGAAAACAUUAUGGUUCUGAUUAGAAAGGAUUACAUGAGCCUUCAUAAAAAGUAUAAUUUAUAUAAUUCCUGAAAUAUCUCUUUAACACUUUGAACACCAGCAAGCUUCAUAGCAUUGUUAUGCUUAUGGAGAGACAGGAAUAGAGUUUUUUCAAAUUUGAUAUGACUCACAGUCGUCAUAGGGUCAGGAAAUUAGGACUUUGAUUUCUAGCUCUUUGCCAAAGCCCAGACCUUCUCUGGUAUGCUGUAAUCAGCUGAAAAGUCUGUCCCAGGGAUGUCUGGCAUGCAGCUAAAGCUGCAGCUGACCAUUUGUUGGGCAUCUCUGCCUGCACUCCUGUUCUGCGCUACUUCUACACCUUGCACAGUUUGAAAGCAGGCUUAGGUACACAAUGACACACUCUUAUUAACUUCUACAAACAACAAAAAGCAGCAGCUUGAAGGGACAAAUUCAAAAUAUUAGAAAAUGUUGAAUGUAAGAAUGCAUAAAUUUAAAUUGGUCCUUAAAUACAUGCACAAUAUGAAUUUUAAUCUCGGGGCUUAUUACUCUGUCCCAUUCAUUUUUGGAUGCUUGCCUGCCAG